CACAGGCAGUCUUCCGGUAGCGUGAUCUGUGUGCGAAGCGUAAGGGGACACACACUUGCUACCAGCACCGAGACGGAGCUGACGCCCCUGCGACGAAAAUGACAACGUGUGAGGAUCCCUCUGGCUUCAAGCAGGAGGAUGAGUUUCUGGACAUCCUGGAGGAGAGGAGGAGGAGCAGUGACCUAGGCCAUGCCCUCCGAACCUUUAACCCCUCCCUUUACAGGGGAGCCCCUCCUCUCUCCGCGGGCGCCCUCAACAGGAUGGUUCUGGAGUCACAGUACCUACGAUACGUCACCAAGGAGGUGGCCAUGGAGACUGGUGAGAGUGUGGAUCUGGUGAGAGAGGAGGCGUCAGGGAUACUGGAUGAGAUGUCUCAGAACCUCCAGCUGGGAUUCAUCAGACUGCUGGGGUUCACCCUCAGUAAAGUAUUCAAGAGGCUCUUCAGCCACAUCAACAUCAACCAGGAAGGACUCAAUAGGCUCCAACAGGCCAUUCAGGAGUUUCCAGUGAUCCUGAUGCCCAAUCACAGGAGUUAUGUGGACUUCCUGGUUCUGUCCUACAUCCUGUUCACCUAUGACCUGCCCAUCCCCGUUAUAGCUGCUGGAAUCCCUCUGAUGGACAUGAAGAUGGUGGGGGAGAUCCUGCGUCGUUCUGGAGCGUUCUUCAUUAGGAGGGCCAUCGGGUCCGACAAGCUGUACUGGGCUGUCCUAUCUGAGUAUGUCAAAACCAUUGUCAGGACAGGGUAUGCUCCUGUAGAGUUCUAUGUGGAGGGUCUGAGGAGCAGGACUCUCAAGUCCCUCACACCCAAGUUAGGUAUGAUGCACAUGGUCCUGGAGCCGUUCUUUAAAGGGGAGGUGUAUGACAUCACGCUGGUCCCCAUCAGUAUCAGCUAUGACAGGGUCCUGGAGGAGUCUCUACUGGCACAUGAACUACUGGGGGUCCCCAAGCCCAGAGAGACCACCAUGGGCCUACUAAAGGCUAGGAGGGUACUGGAGGAGGACUAUGGCAGUAUGCAUGUGUACUUCGGCAUGCCUCUGUCAGUCAGACAGCUGACGAAGGGGAGGGUGGACCGCUGUGAAUACAACCUCCUACCCAGAGACCUUCCCCAGAGGCCCAGUGUUGAGACCCAGGAGUGUGUGAGCUGGCUCGCCCAGCAGGUGAUACGUGUCCAGGAACAGAGCACCAUCCUCAGCCCCUGGUCUCUCAUGGCCUGCCUGGUGCUCCAGGACCAUCAGAACACAGACCCAGCAGGAGAGGAACAGGAGAAGGGUCUCUCCUGGGAGCUGCUCACCCAGAGGACACUGUGGCUCAAGGGACUGGCGAUCAGCUUCGGAGCCCGCCUGGACUGGCCUGAACAGCCACCUGAAAACCAGGUAAUGGCGUCCAGCAUGGCUUUACACCGCUCUGUGAUUCGCUGUCACCAAGGCCGUGUCACACUGCUGGAGGAGGAGGAGGAGGGGCCUGUGGGGGCUGCGCCUUUCACAACAGAGGAGUGUGUGGUCAGGCGGGCGCGGGCGGUGCUUAUGGUUGCGGCCUAUAGGAACCAGGCGCUGUAUGUGUUCAUACGUCCGGCCAUGCUGGCUCUGGCCAUACACACAACACGCAGCUCACAGAGAGGUGAGUUAGACACACAACACGCAGCUCACAGAGAGGUGAGUUAGACACGCAGCUCACAGAGAGGUGAGUUAGACACGCAGCUCACAGAGAGGUGAGUUAGACACGCAGCUCACAGAGAGGUGAGUUAGACACGCAGCUCACAGAGAGGUGAGUUAGACACGCAGCUCACAGAGAGGUGAGUUAGACACGCAGCUCACAGAGAGGUGAGUUAGACACGCAGCUCACAGAGAGGUGAGUUAGACACGCAGCUCACAGAGAGGUGAGUUAGACACACAACACGCAGCUCACAGAGAGGUGAGUUAGACACGCAGCUCACAGAGAGGUGAGUUAGACACACAGCUCACAGAGAGGUGAGUUAGACACACAACACGCAGCUCACAGAGAGAGGACAUCUAUAGCUACUUCAGGUUCCUCUUGGACCUCUUCUCCAACGACUUCAUCUUCAUCACUGGCAGAUCCUCACAGGACUUUGAGGAGGCAUGUUCGUUACUCAGGAAAUGUGGAGCAGUCCAUACCAGUCAACAGGAAGUGACAUUACCAGAGGAGGGUCAGAGGACUACCUCCUUCCUGCGAGCCCUGCUACAGCCCUUCAUAGACGCCUACCAGGUGGUGUUCAGUCACCUGUGUUUGGAGGAUGUUGAGGUGUUCACAGAGAGACAGAUGGUUCCUGCCGUCCGCAGCCUGGCCACCAAGCUCCUCUUAUCGGGCGAGCUGACGUCUUGUGAUGCCCUGUCAUCUGAUACCCAGAAGAAUGUCCUGUCGGCUCUCCUGAGACUGGGCGCUGUGACCAGGCUGAGAACAGCUGAGCAUAGUGAAUUCAGAGCCAACAAACCAGCCAUCAGUAGAUUAGCAGAUACUCUGGCGGGUAGACUGCCGGUACAGACCGCCCCUAACCCCAGGCUCUAACCCUGGAGGACUGCAGACCAGACAGACACAGACUGGACCAAACAUGUCUCUUCACUUCCUGUCUCCAACCCAACUCUGUGCCUGUAUUCAUACAGCGUCUUAGAGCCGAAGCGCUGAGUCCUCUUGUGCUCAACAUCCAGAUGCUGACUGACCUGAACUUUCACACGAUAAUCAACUGAACUGUAAAGCUGUGUCCACUAUAGCUGUUCUAAUUAUAGAGCUGGCCUUACUUAGAGUGAGUGCUACCGAUCCAUUACGUGUGGAGCUGCUGUCAGGAUCUAGUAGAAUCAGUGAAGUUAAUUUUUUUUUAGACUCCAGACACUUCCGCUGGAGGCCACUAGAUGGCAGUGUAACCACUGAGUCAAUACACACGGUCUGAGUGGGUGAGUUCAAGAUUUCAAUGUAAUUCAUCAUACCAAUCAAUAAAUAUAAUAUAUGCAAAAACUUAUCAGAUAUCAACAUGUGAAUUGUAAUGUUUUUUACAUUUGAUUUCCACUUUGUUCUUUUUUUUUUUUGAAGAAGAAGAAGAAUUCUUUAAUAAAAUGAAUGUCACCUU